AUGAAUAUUUGUAGAAAAUCUGUAUUUAAUGUCUUAGUGAUAGGAAAAAAUACUACUCCUACCGUGGCUACAGACUUCACUGUAAGAUUUGGUCGACGUUUCUGGAGUACUACUAUGUCAACGAGGUCCUUCGAUAUAGGCAAGGAAAAAAAAGAUUUUUUCAACGCCUUACCUAACAUUAUCGAUAAUCUAGCGGAACAUCCCAAGUUUCAAGAAUUACCGAUAGCUAAAGAGUGGAUGAAAAAGGUUAUAAACGGUACUGUCCCCGGCGGUAAAGCGUCAAGAGGACUAACUACAGUUAUGUCUUUUAAAAUGGUCGAACAGCCAGAGUACAUCACAAAAGAAACAAUACGGCUCGCGCAUGCUUUGGGAUGGUGCACGGAGUUUCUCCAAGCUUAUUGCGUGGUAUUGGACGAUAUUGUUGAUGGGUCGUUGACUCGUCGUGGACAACCCUGCUGGUAUCGAAGAGAGGAUGUGGGCAUGGCGCACGCUGUCAACGACGCUACUCUGAUUUAUUAUUCUAUACACCGCAUUUUAAAAAACUAUUUUGAAAAAUCACCGAUCUAUGUCAAAUUGUAUCAAGCUUUUAAUGAGACAUUAUUUAAUACAAGCUUUGGGCAAUUUCUGGAUAUCAGAGGAUCGGAACACAAGAAAAGAUACGAAAGCUUUACUAGGGAGAAUUACGAAGAAAUCAUUAAGUACAAAACUGCCUACUACACAUAUAAAUUGCCUAUCAGUAUUGGUUUGAUGUUAGCAAACAAGUUCAGCGAAGAAACCAAAAGUAACUGUGAGGACAUUUCAUUUCAACUGGGGAAACUAUUUCAGAUACAGGACGAUUACAUCGACUGUUUUGGCGACGAAUCCUUGACUGGAAAAAAAGGUACUGAUAUUCAAGAGGGUAAAUGUACUUGGUUAGCGGUGAACGCACUUGAACGUUGUAACAAAAAUAACCGCGCCGUAUUCGCUACAUGCUACGGUAGCAAGGAACCAGCGCAUGUGGAACGGAUCAAACAACUUUACACUCAAUUAAAGCUUCCGCAGGUUUAUAAAGAAGAAGAACGUCAAAUGUAUAACAAUGUUGUACAUAAAAUAAAAAUAAUAUCUUCUCAAGCUGAACGAGAAUUAUUUAAUAGACUUUUGGAUAUGACAUACGACAGAAAGAAGUAA